AUGCCGGUAAAAGAAAAGGAAGAGGUUCUUCUGAAGGAUAUCAAGGAGGAUGUUCAGAGUGUAAGAGACGCAGUUGUCUUGUCGGACGACGUGUCCAGGAUUGACGAGUAUAACUUUGAGAGUCUUUUUGGAAUAUAUAAAAAUCCGCAGCAGCAAGUGGUCUUUGUAAGGACGAUAUAUAGGCAGUUAGUAGGAGAGAUCUUAAAGUUUUUCUCCUCGAAAUGUGUUGCAGAGGCAAUGACUAACAUCUGCAUUCUCGAAGAAGUCUUUAGGAGCCAGAGGGGGUACAUUGACAUAGAGAUGAGUCUGGAGGAUGUGGAGUGCAUUAACCAGCAUGCAUAUUCCUUGGGAAAGAAGGAAAACUCCGGAGUGGUGAGGGAAGGUAUACGGGCAUGGAACUGUCUAAAGCAGAGAAAGGCUAUUCGAAUAUGUGUCAUGCCAUUUCCAGAUGACGAACGAAGUUUAAUGCUUAUUGAAGAAGAAUUAGAGGCCAUAUCGAAGACUCUUGAUGGUUGGGAAGAUUCUAGAGAUGGGAACUGUACAAAUUAA